AUGGCUGCACCCGGGGGGGCCCACGUGGGGGCCAGGACCCGGCGGGAGGCUGCGAAGACAGCGGAGGGAGAGGAAGGGGAAGAGGAAGGGGAAGGGGAAGAGGAAGAGGAAGAGGAAGCGGCCGGGGCGCUGCGCUCCGUGUUCCCCCGCGACCCCGAGCUGUUCGCCGAGGCGUUCCCGGUGCUGCGCCGGUACCGGCUCUGCGGCCACCUCCUGCGCAUCGCUCAGCACCACGGCCCGCGGCUGGGGCUGGCGGCGUCCGUCUGGGAGGCGGCGCUGUCCCUGUGCCGGUUCCUGGGGGAGCUGCGCUUCGAUUUCCGAGGCCGCACCGUGAUCGAGCUGGGAGCCGGCACCGGCAUCGUCGGGAUCCUGGCAGCCUUGCUGGGCGGUGACGUCACCAUCACGGACCGGCCGGCGGCGCUGGAGCAGAUCCGGGAGAACGUUGCCUUGAACUUCCCGGCGGGGGGGGCCCGGCCGCGGGUGCGGGCGCUGGAGUGGGGCCGGGACGAGAGGGCCUUCCCCAGGGACUUCGGGGUGGUGCUGGGCUCCGACAUCGUCUACGACCCCCUCUCCUUCGAGCCCCUGCUGCGCACCCUGCGGCACCUCUGCGGCCCGGGCAGCCUCGCCCUGCUCGGUGCCCGGCUGCGGGGGGGCCCCGCCGGCGCCCGGCGCUUCUUCGGCCAGCUGCUGCCUCCCCACUUCCACAUCCAGCUGCUGAGGAGGGAGCCCGAGCAGGACAUCGAGAUCUACGCAGCCGCCUGCAAGGGAGGAGCUUCGCCCAGCGCCCUGCUGGCCGCCGGGGGGGCGGCCCCCGCCUGGGAGGGGCCGGGGGGCAAUUAA